AUGCGCCUAUUGGCCAAGCAAACUGGGAGGAGAUCCGCAAAACGAAGAUCAAAACGAAGGUCAAGGAAACAUUUGGAAGUUGAGGAAGAGAAAUGGCAAGUAGGAGGCGACUGGGAAACAAUUCGAGUUGAAGAGACGUCUUCAGCGAACCGAGUCAGAACAAGUGGAAGCACAACAGGGGGGGGGGCAGACAGACAAGAGAGAAGAACAAGCGAAGCGUCGGAGACAAGCGCCGGUUGGGUAACAGUAGACGUGUCUGCCCACAGACACGCAACGUGCAGAAUUAGCCGAUGCACAUGUCGUCAAGUUAGUCUGGCGUCCAACUCGAGAAUCGACAUUUUGGGUGGGAAUUUGCGUGCUUGGCGCAGAUUGUGUGAAAAGCAGGGAUUUUGUGGCGGUGCUCGAGUGAACUACGAGAAAUCAAUGUCGGAUGGAUCACCACGCUCUGCUGUCAAGGUCAUGUGGCACGUGAGUCACCCAGCCAAUCAGCGGGCUCUUCUGUGCCGACACUUUCUCAUCUUCCAACAAUCCCUCAUUCUAGCUCUCUCUCGCCUGCCAGCUGCACACCUCACCUCUGGCUUCCUCCGGCUUACUUGUCGCUCGCUUCUCUCCGCUGGC